AUGAGUUGGCUGGAACCGACAUUGAGUCCAAGGGAUUGAUCUGGAGAAGGGAAACUGAGGCUGUGAUCGGCGAUACUCUUUGAUUCUGAGAUAUUUGGGCUCUGAAGAUUAGAUUCUGUUAGGCUUGUGGGCAGGGGAGAGUGACCUUUACUAGGCAAUACCUUACUCAGAACUGGGGGGAUGAGAUCUUUGUGUCUGUGUGGGGGGAUACCAUUGGUGGGUGAUGAUAAUUUUGGGCUUUGAAAGAAGGAGAUCCUGAGGGCGAAACCAUUUUGUCUGGAGAGGAAGGAAGCUGGCGUUGGGCCGUUUGCGUCACGGUGGGGGGAGCCCUUGAGAGGGCAAUACCAUUACCCUGUGGGAGGUGGGAAGUUUGUGGGAGAUACUACUAUGCCAGGGGAUUGGGGAAAGACCCCAGGUGUGUUCCUGGGAAGUGGAGAUACUGUGCCUUUGGUGGUAGGGGAUCCUCAAAGGGGCGGUACCAUUGGAUUACUAGGGGUGAUCCUUUAGGCCUGGGGUAAAGAAGGCCCUGAAUGGGUAAUACCAUCAGUCCCAACGGGUGUGGGGGGGACCAGAGAAGGUAAAAAAGUGGUAUCUUGGACUACAUGGAGAAAGGAUCACUGCACUUUUUGGAGGCUCAGCUCCUAGAACUCCGGACAAACAACUACCAGCUUUCAGAUGAACUACGCAAGAAUGGCGUUGAACUUGCCAGUCUUCGACAGAAGGUUGCCUAUCUGGAUAAAGAGUUCAGUAAAGCUCAAAAGGCACUGAGCAAGAGCAAGAAAGCUCAGGAAGUCGAGGGACUGCUGAGUGAAAAUGAGAUGCUGCAGGCAAAGCUGCACAGCCAGGAGGAGGACUUCCGUUUGCAGAACAGCACACUUAUGGCCGAGUUCAGCAAGCUCUGCAGCCAGAUGGAGCAGUUGGAACGGGAGAACCAGCAACUAAAGGAAGGGGCUACUGGAACAGGCACUAUCCAAGCUGGACCCCAUGUGGAUGGGGAGCUGCUAAGAUUGCAGGCAGAGAACACAGCCUUGCAGAAGAAUGUGGCAGCCCUGCAGGAGCGCUAUGGGAAAGAGACUGUGAAGUCCUCAGCUGUCAGUGAAGGCCAAGGAGAUCCCCCAGGGGGCCUCACUCCCACUAUCAUGGCCCCCAUGCCAUUGGCAGAGGUGGAGCUGAAAUGGGAAAUGGAGAAAGAGGAAAAGAGAUUGCUCUGGGAGCAGCUGCAAGGCUUGGAGAGCUCAAAGCAGGCUGAAACAUCCAGGCUGCAGGAAGAACUCGCUAAGCUCUCUGAGAAACUAAAAAAGAAACAAGAAAGCUUUUGCCGUCUACAGACAGAGAAGGAAACACUAUUUAAUGACAGCAGGAACAAGAUUGAGGAGUUACAACAGCGGAAGGAAGCUGAUCUAAAGGCUCAGUUGGCUCGUACCCAGAAACUGCAGCAGGAACUUGAGGCUGCCAAUCAAAGCUUGGCAGAGUUAAGAGAUCAGCAGCAGGGAGAACGCCUGGAGCAUGCAGCAGCUUUGAGGGCCCUACAAGAUCAGGUGUCCAUCCAGAGUGCAGAUGCGCAGGAACAAGUGGAAGGGCUAUUGGCUGAGAACAAUGCCUUGAGGACUAGCCUGGCUGCCCUGGAGCAGAUCCAAACAGCAAAGACACAAGAACUGAAUAUGCUCCGGGAACAGACCACUGGGCUAGCAGCUGAGUUACAGCAGCGGCAAACUGAGUAUGAGGAUCUCAUGGGACAGAAAGAUGACCUCAACUCCCAGCUCCAGGAGUCAUUACGGGCCAAUAGUCGCCUUCUGGAACAACUUCAAGAAAUAGGGCAGGAGAAGGAGCAGUUGAUCCAGGAACUCCAGGAGGCUAGGAAGAGUGCUGAGAAGCGUAAGGCAAUGCUGGAUGAACUAGCAAUGGAGACACUGCAGGAGAAGUCUCAGCACAAGGAAGAGCUGGGAGCAGUCCGACUAAGGCAUGAAAAGGAGGUGCUGGGGGUGCGUGCCCGCUACGAGCGUGAGCUCCGAGAGUUGCAUGAAGACAAAAAGCGGCAGGAGGAGGAGCUCCGUGGGCAGAUCCGGGAGGAGAAGGCCCGAACACGGGAGUUGGAGAAUCUCCAGCAGACAGUGGAAGAACUUCAGGCUCAGGUACACUCCAUGGAUGGAGCCAAGGGCUGGUUUGAACGGCGCUUGAAGGAAGCUGAGGAAUCUUUACAGCAGCAGCAGCAGGAGCAAGAGGAAGCCCUAAAGCAGUGCCAGGAGCAGCAUACUGCUGAGUUGAAGGGCAAGGAGGAGGAGCUACAGGGUCUACGCGAUCAGCUCCAGCAGGCCCAGGAGGAGCGAGAUGGCCACUUGAAGACUAUUAGCAACCUGAAGCAGGAGGUGAAGGAUACAGUGGAUGGGCAGCGGAUCUUGGAGAAGAAGGGCAGUGCUGCGCUGAAAGACCUCAAGCGGCAGUUGCACCUGGAGCGAAAACGGGCCGACAAGCUGCAGGAGCGGCUGCAGGACAUCCUCACCAAUAGCAAGAGCCGCUCUGGUGAGGCACCAGGACAGGAAGAGAAGGCUACGGUGCAGGGCCUUGAGGAGCUGGUUCUUUCUGAGAUGAACUCACCAAGCCGCACCCAGACAGGAGACAGCAGUAGCAUCUCCUCCUUCAGCUACCGGGAGAUCUUGCGGGAAAAGGAGAGCUCAGCUGUUCCAGCCAGGUCCUUAUCUAGUAGCCCUCAGGCCCAGCCCCCUCGGCCAGCUGAGCUGUCAGAUGAGGAAGUGGCUGAGCUCUUUCAACGGCUGGCAGAAACACAGCAGGAGAAAUGGAUGCUAGAGGAGAAGGUGAAGCACCUGGAGGUGAGCAGUGCUUCCAUGGCAGAGGACCUCUGCCGGAAAAGCGCCAUCAUUGAGACCUACGUCAUGGACAGCCGAAUCGAUGUGUCUGUGGCAGCAGGCCACACAGACCGCAGCGGGCUGGGCAGCGUCCUGAGAGACCUAGUGAAGCCAGGAGACGAGAACCUUCGGGAGAUGAACAAGAAGCUGCAGAACAUGCUGGAGGAGCAGCUCACCAAGAAUAUGCACUUGCACAAGGACAUGGAAGUUCUGUCCCAGGAAAUUGUACGACUCAGCAAGGAGUGCGUGGGGUCACCUGACCCAGACCUAGAGCCUGGAGAAUCCAGCUAAAGACCUGCAGGCUGCAUCCACUCCCUCCCCUUGUCACCUCCCAGGAUGCUACUCCCUUGGGCUAUGGAGGGAAAUGGGGGCUGACACCAAAAUCUAGUAGUUUGGGAGACUGGACAUUAAAGGGGCUAGAGGCCUGAUGGCUGGUGUAAAUGACCUGGUCAGGGCAGAGACACCCCCCCCCAGGAGUGGGAAUCCCCAGGGAAGGGUUAGGGAUUUCUCCUUGGCCCAGGCUCCCAGGGAGAUCUGCCUCCAUCUCUGCAUGAGCUCUCCCUCCCAGAGACCAACACUUUUUUAUUUUAUUUUAUUUUUUAAUUUAUGUCUGAAAGCCUGACUACUCUGCACUUGGGAUUGGGGGUGUUGGGUGGGGGUGCGGUCUGUGUUCAGCGUUCUAGCAACGUGUAUGUGUGUGUGCGCGUGUGUGUGUGUGUGUAUAAAGGCUGUGCAGCCAAAAUACCAUCUGGCCAGACGGGCCCACCCACUGAC